AUGGCUUCCAUGGCUUUUUCGUCAGUUUACUCAGCACCUUUGCAUAUGUUUACACAAACCAAACUGCAGUCAAGCUCAGAUUCUUCUUUUGUACCUUUUCUAAAAGCUUCAUCCAAAUUUGGGUCCUCCAAGUCCACAUUUUUCCAACAUGGGUUCUCAAUUCAAUCCUCAAAUAUCUCUGGUUUGGUCUCGAAAUCUCGGUACUUUCCUAUGGUAUAUGCCAGAGCUGCCGCUGAGAAGUCUAUUCAUGACUUCACUGUAAAGGAUAUUGAUGGCAAGGACGUCUCUCUCAGCAAAUUUAAAGGAAAGGUUCUCCUAAUUGUGAAUGUUGCUUCAAAAUGCGGUUUAACAUCAUCAAACUACACAGAACUUUCUCAUCUUUACGAGAAGUACAAAACUCAAGGAUUGGAAAUUCUAGCUUUUCCCUGUAAUCAGUUUGGUGGCCAAGAGCCAGGAUCAAAUCCAGAAAUUAAGCAGUUUGCAUGCACAAGGUUUAAAGCGGAAUUCCCAAUCUUCGACAAGGUUGAUGUGAAUGGACCCAGUACAACACCAGUUUAUCAGUUCCUGAAGUCAAGUGCUGGAGGAAUUUUAGGUGAUUUGAUUAAAUGGAAUUUUGAGAAAUUCCUAGUGGACAAAAAUGGUAAAGUGGUCGAGAGAUACCCACCAACAACAUCACCUUUUCAAAUAGAGAAGGAUAUUCAGAGGCUGGUUGCAGCAUAA